AUGGCUUAUCAAAAUACUCUGAACCUUGUAUCUCGUCAUAACAAGACUGUCCCCAACUACAAGUGUGAUGUUGAAAAGAAUCUGAUAGCAGCCAUUGGGGGCCUUGAUUUUGAAAUCACUCUACAUAUGGCCUCCAUCUUAACCCUCUACAAGAUUCCCCAGUUGCUUAAAACAUCCAAUUCACACCUUAAACCACCUGAAAUCCCUCCUCAGGAUAUAGUUGUAUCCUUACAUGAAACAAAUGCCAGUGUCAUUGUUGCAAAGGCAGAUACACACACCAUGCUGAAUAUUCAUUGGUUGGAGUUUGUGGCUAAUAGUUUCGAAUUACAGCCUAUUCACAAAGUGUGGGUUGUGACCGCUCCUUGGGAUUUCUCAUCCGAAACAUUUCACAGACAGCUGAAUAUACAGAUCUUCCACGGUGCCUUAUCAUUUGCAAUUCAUUCCAAGGAGGUGCAGGAUUUCCAAAAUUUCCUUCAAAAUUUGAAUCCGCGUUCUGAAGCCGACAACUUUAUCAAACUUUUCUGGGAACAAGCAUUUGACUGUUUGUUUGAAGUUGCAGAUGGAGGGGACAAUCAGAUGACAUACUGCACUGGGGAUGAGAAGCUGGCAAAUAUUCCUGGACCUCUUUUUGAGAUGCAGAUGACGGGUCAAAGCUACAGCAUCUACAAUGCGGUCUAUGCUGUGGCUCACGCUUUCCAUGCUAUGUAUUCCUCCAGAGCCAAGCACAGAUUGGGGCUGGUUGAACACUUUGUUUGGUCUUCAAAGCUGCGAUAUUUUCAGCUCCACCCUUUUCUGAAGAAGAUCUCGUUUAACAACAGCGCAGGAGACACCUUGUUCUUUAAUGAGAAUGGUGAAUUAGAAGGUGGAUUUGACAUUAUCAACUGGAUAACUUUUCAAAAUCAAUCUUUCUUAAAAGUGAAAGUUGGGAAAAUGGAUCCCCAAGCUCCAUGGGAGAAACAGUUGUCUAUUAACGAGAAGGUUGUUACCUGGCACUACACAUUUGGGGAGGCCAUGCCCCUGUCCCUGUGUAAUCACCGCUGCCUUCCAGGUUAUAGCAGACAAAGCAAAGAAGGGGAACCGUUUUGUUGCUAUGCUUGUGCUGAAUGUCCAUCAGGGAAGAUUUCCAACCAGACAGAUAUGGAUGACUGCUUCAAAUGCCCAGAAGAUCAAUAUCCUAUCAAAGAAAAAGAUCAAUGCCUUUCUAAGGAACUAAAUUACCUGAGCUAUGUUGAUCCUUUAGGCAAGGGUUUGUCUUUUAUGGGUCUUGCCCUUUCUACAACUACAGUCUUGGUGCUUGGAAUCUUUAUUAAGCACUGGAACACUCCUAUUGUCAAAGCUAACAACCAAACUCUCACUUAUGUUCUCCUUAUUUCACUCUUUCUCUGCUUCCUCUGCUCUCUAUUAUUCAUUGGCCGCCCCCAGUUACUGACUUGCCUUCUACGACAGACUGCUUUUGGUAUCAUCUUCUCAGUGGCCAUUUCUUCUGUCCUAGCCAAAACAAUUAUAGUGGUUCUUGCUUUCAUGGCUACUAAACCAGGAACUGGAAUAAGGAAAUGGGUGGGGAAAAGAUUUGCAUCUGCUAUUGUUUUGUGUGGCUCACUUAUUCAAACAAGUAUUUGCAUGAUAUGGCUAGGUACUGACCCUCCGUUUCUAGAUUUAGAUAUGAAAUCUCUGCCUGAAGAAAUUGUAGUGGAAUGCAAAGAAGGAUCAGGCAACAUGUUCUACUACAUUCUGGGCUACAUGGGAUUUCUGGCUCUCAUCAGCUUCAUGGUAGCUUUCUUUGCUCGGAAGCUACCAGACACAUUUAAUGAAGCCAGAUUUAUCACAUUCAGCAUGUUGGUCUUUUGCAGUGUCUGGGUGUCUUUUGUCCCAACUUAUCUAAGUACCAAAGGAAAAUACAUGGUAGCUGUGGAGAUCUUCUCCAUCUUGGCUUCCAGCACUGGAUUACUGAGUUGCAUCUUUGCUCCAAAAUGUUAUAUCAUCAUUCUGAGGCCUGAUCUUAAUAGCAAAGGACAACUAAUAAGAAAUAACAAGAAGGAAAAUAGCUUUUGA